AUGAAGGAAGAGCUAGACUUCGAACGUCGUCGCAGAGUCGCAGCUGAAGAUAUGGUUCAUUUCCUGAAUAUCGAGUGCCAGUUCGAACGCUGCUCUUGCAGGCUUGCUGAGAGCCAAGGUCGUCGCUACAUCUACGACGCUGAGUACUAUCACAAAUUUCAAAAGCCUCAGAUUGAGGCGGAAGAGAAAGCUCGUGCUCAACAAGCAAGCAUUCAGCAAGCCCGUGUGGACCAAGCACAGUCUCACCAAGCUAGCACCCCCGAGGCCAGCCCUCCCCCCUCCUCCACCUCCCGUCCACCGAUCUCCUGUCCACCAGGCCCCCACCCCCCAGGUGGGAUCUCCUCAACACAGUGUCCACCAGGACGAACCCGAGCCAAGUCGUACACCUCUGGCGGCGCCACCUGUUCCUGUCCAUCAGCACACCGCGUCUAG